AGAUGGCUGACGACACUUACAGUUUCAUCAAUACCAAUAUGUCGAAUCUUAUCACCAACAGUAAUGAAGAUGUUGAUGUCAACGCUUCUUCCGGGACGUUUAACGCAUCUAACGGAAAUAUGACGUCUGACGUCCAAUCCGAUCCGCUUAUCUCUUUUACGGUUCCAGCGUUGAUGUUUUCGUUUGGAGUGUUUGGAAAUAUUCUGGCAAUAGCUGUGCUCUUUCGAUCUUCAAAUGAACAUAAGCGUACGGUGUUUUAUCGACUGGUGGGAGCAUUAGCUUGCACGGAUCUCUUUGGAACGUGUGCAACGUCGCCGAUCACGUUAGCCGUUUAUGCUAAUAAAUUUAAAUGGGUGGGCGGGGACGCCCUUUGUCAGUAUGAGUCGUUUAUGCUUAUAUUUGCUGGAUAUUCAACAGUUUUCAUCAUUGGAGCUAUGGCAGUGGAUCGUUUACUAGCCAUAUUGUGCCCGUUCUUCUACGACCAACAUAUUACCACACGUCGAGCGGUUCUUGGUAUUUGCAGCCUUUGGGCGUUUGCAGCGUUUCUUGGACUUUUACCGAUCUUAGGUCUCGGAGAAAACGUUAAACAGUUUCCUGGAACUUGGUGUUUCUUUACGUUUGUGAGUUCAGAGAUUAAAAAUCAAAUUUUCGCAUACAUGUAUGCUUCCAUAGGCUUAUCAGUGAUCUCAAUGACGAUUGUGUUCAACUUUGUAGUGACGUGGACAUUAUUGAAGAUGAGACGUAAGGCCGCUAACAUCAGUCACGCUAAACGUCAGGAUAGUGAGCUACAAAUGAUGAUGUUGCUGCUAGGAAUCAUUAUCAUCUUUUCAACGUGCUGGUGUCCAUUCCUGAUCCGGGUUUUAAUAAACCAGAGUCACCAACGACAAAUUGACGUCCGCGCGGACUUACACGCUUUACGUCUCGCAUCCUUCAACCAAAUUCUCGAUCCCUGGGUUUACAUUCUCUUCCGGAAAGAACUCUUUGAGCGAGUGUUCGGUUGUAUGAAGUCAAUCGUUUCGAGUGUAUCUCCUUGUAAAUGCGCCGAUGAUGAUGUAGCAUAUGAAGAACGAAUGGAGAGAAGCGAAACGUUUCGAAAAACAAGUAGUCAGGUUAAAUUCCUGGAUUUAGAAAAGGACAAUGACCAGUUGGAAGAUGACAUUGCCAUUCAUGAAAUUCAAAGUACUGAUAUAAAUAAUAAAGCAGAAACUAAAAGCUCAGAAACCCAACGAGACCAGCGACCUCUUCAGCGAAAGUUUUCCAACGGGUCCUCCAGAAGAUCGCUUAGUAAAACCAAAUAUAUUACAUCAGACGUUGAUGAGGAAAGUGUCCCGCUUACUGAGGUGCAUUCGUGUCAUAUAAACCUCAAACACUCUGCUUGCUUAUUCUGCCUGUCCAAUCAUCCAAAAAGUGUUGUGAAAAUGAACAAGGAUACUGGCUACAUGGCAAAAAGCUUGGAGAUUUUGAAUGAAAAAGAUUCGGAAAACCCUUGUACAAAUUACCUGUCAGUUAUUCAGGAUAUGAGUAAAGUGAAAAGGGGAAGUAUUCAUUUAUCUCUAGAAGAUGUAUCUGGUACACACCCACACGCGGAACGAGUUGGUAGUGGUCAAAUGGUUUCUUGUCAUCCUUAA